UAUUUUCAGAUACGAACUGCUGUACCUUCACCGGAUAGAAUGGUCACAAUACCCUCGUCGUCCGCACCAGCAGUGCUACGUAGUUGUGUUUCAUUUUUUCUCGUGAUUACUUUCGUAUCGCUGCAUCCACCGGUGACGUCCAGUUUAACACAUUCUUCGAGAGAAAAAGUGUCGAAAAAGCACGAUAUCGUUGCAAGGAUCCACGAAGUUGUAGAGAUCCGACCUAAAAGGUUUUCGCGUUCUGAUACUGGGACCUCAUCGUCGUCGGUGACGACUCUCAUCCCUGCUUCGUCGUCUCAGAGAUAUCAACCGCAGCAUCCAUGUGUCAGAACUUCGGAGUACAGUUUGCUAGCGCCAAUGUUUUAUGCCAAAGAGCUGCAGUGGGGGAAGGAUCCCUGUAACGGCUCUUACGAUUUUGAAAGCUACUUCGAAUCUGGAUUUCCCGCUAAAAUUGUCCGUGAAGAAGAAUACACGCUUCCGAACUCAGCCUGGGAUGCUGUUCAACAGCAUGAUUCAGCAGCAGUGUACAAAGCGUCUCAUUCCCCCGAAGCUCACGGGAAAGAAGGAUCAAUACAGGAUUACCUGGCGAAAUCUGCUGCUUUAGUCUCUCAACUUCUGGCUCCACUUGCAUCCAACAGCCAGACGCAUGAAGCCGCAAAAUCCGAAGCUGCCCUCGAAUUCCAGAAAGCCCAGUUUCAUUUGAGAAAGGCUAUCAAAAUAGCAAAGCAAAACAGACGAGAAAAAGACGAACGUGUUGAUUCAAAGAAUGGCGGACAAGACGAAGUUGCACAGAGCAAGAAACAAAAACGGAGCUGCGAUAUGAAAUCAUUCAUCAGGAAUCUGAUAGAGAAGUCGAAUCAAAAUCGUCCAUCAGAUGGUUGAAAAGCGAAUUCUUAAAUUCCACUUAUAUUCGGCGUUUGAAAUUAAAGAAUUUCAAGUGGCGAUAACUUUUAUUGAUUUGAAAUUUUGUCAGCAGUAUGAAGUCUUCAUGCUCGAAUACAUCGCAAAAUAUGCCUGACAUGAUGGUUCAAUAUUUUGGUAAAGCAAAUUGGGAAAAAUUGUCGAAUAUAAUUAUAACGCGUUCUAUAAAAGUUCAUAUUUACACUUGAAUAUGACGUGCAAAAGUCUUUUGUGUCAAAUUUUGAAAAAGUGUGUGGUACUCGACUAUAUGCAAGUGCGAUUAUUUAUAAGCAGAUGUUAUUGUUGCAGCCGGAGAUACCACUGGUCUUCACUGCCUUUUAAUAAUAGUCCUCCUGCACCAGUUAUUAUGGGGUGACAGGUCAUGAUGCUACAUCAAUUAACCUGUCAUAUUGGCCAAUUUAAUACUGAGAAGGAAAAAUCCCUGAAAUGUCGAGAUCUCUUUGUGAGAAAAGGACUAUAUCACAUGUACACAUAUAUAGUCAACACAACUUUAAAGAAGGCAGUUUGAAUAGAAAGCCUUGUUUUUCUCAGCAUCAGAAUUAUACAAAAAUGCUGGAUUGAAAUUUUCCAAAAUUCCGGUCAACCGAAAAGGGUAAAAAUAAAAUAAUGUUUGCACAAUAUAAGUUAUGGAAAAUUUUUGCGUAAGCAACAAUCAAAUGAAUAUACUCCAUGCCAAUUAAAUACUCGUUUUUAUUCACAGGUUCUAUACACGCUAUGAAACUGUAUCAUAGAAGGCUGAAAAUACAAAAAAUAUUAAUCGUGAU